AUGCCUAAUUCACGGAAUUUAUCAGAUUUAGAAGAGAAGACAAUAGUUGAGUAUAUUCUCGACCUAGAUGCGCGAUCAUUUCCUCCCCGGCUGAGUGGUGUGGAAGAAAUGGCCAAUCGACUUCUCGCAGAGCGCGACGCGCCUCCAGUUGGGAAGCGCUGGGCUUCUAAUUUCGUCAAGCGACAACCACAGCUUAGGACGCGUUUCUUUCGCAAGUAUGACUAUAAGAGAGCUCAAUGCGAAGAUCCAGAGGUGAUUCGUGGCUGGUUUUCGCUUGUGAAGAAUACAAUUGCGAAGUAUGGUAUUGCUGAUGCUGAUAUCUACAACUUUGAUGAGACCGGCUUUAUGAUGGGCGUUAUUUGUUACGGCCAGCUAUCUGACAGUAGGGUUCUGCUAACAGAAGGUGCAGGGUCGUUCUGGUAG